CUUCCGCUUAGCAAUUUGACAACUUCCGGCGAACAGAAACUACAUGGUUCCAACUUUUAGCUUUCAGUUACGAGUGGGACAAUGGAAAGAAUAAAUGUGCCCCCUGUGGGUCCCAUGGACCUGCCGCUGUCUCUGCUGGAGCUGGGAUGCUCUGGCAGGUUUGAACUCAUCACACAUCCUGUGCCUGGACAGCCUCUACCUCCCCAGAGCACGCUUCCUCAUGGACUUCCUCCCACCAGCCUGACUCUGGAAACAGAAGUGGAGAAACAGUUCCUGCGAGACCCAGCCUGGCUUCCCAUACACGACACAGACUUUCUAUUUCAGAAAUUUCCCAAAGUGACACAAAGGAAGGUGGAUGUUGACUCUCUGCUCAGUUGCUCCCCCUCCGCUCUUCAGUCAGGACUCUCCGUGGUCAGAGAUCCAACCACAGGAAUGCUGUUGGACUUCACAGAGGUGUUGCUGGAGAACACCGGACUGUCGGCGAAGAACUCGCUGUCGCUGCAGCGCCAGCCGGGACCGCCGUCAGAGAGCCUUCGAGGAAGCAACACCAACUACCCCUUCCUGCCCGGUGGGAUGGAGGAGCUCACAUUGGAGCAAAUCACGAAGAAGUCUGAGCUGGAGGAGGAAAUAGACUUUGAGAACGAUUUACUGAAAGUACCUCCGGGGCUUAAAGCUGGGAUGGAUUUUACCAGCAAAGAGGCUAAAAUAGCGAAGGCGGAGGUCAACCUGAUGUCCCUCCUGUCUGAGCUGGAAGACUCCACAGACCUGCAGCGUGAAGAAGAGGAGAAAGAGAAAGAGCAGAAGAAAGAAAAAGCUUCUAAUUUACCCAGAACGAACAGCCUUGAAGACCUGGGAAUCAAGGAUGCGGCUCCGUCCGUGUCCACCUCUAAAGGAAUAGAUCAACCGAAGCCAGCAGAGAGUCCCCAGGAGCAGAAGAAGAAGUGGGCGGUCCCUGUGGACAUAUCGUCCCCCUGUGAGGACUUCUACAAACGCAUCCCCAACCCAGCGUUCAAAUGGCCGUUUGAGCUGGACGUCUUCCAGAAACAGGCGAUCCUGAGGCUGGAGGCGCACGACUCCGUCUUUGUGGCUGCGCACACGUCGGCGGGGAAGACGGUGGUGGCCGAGUACGCCAUCGCGCUCUCGCAGAAACACAUGACCAGGACCAUCUACACGUCUCCCAUUAAAGCGUUGUCCAAUCAGAAGUUCCGAGACUUCAAAACCACCUUUAAGGACGUUGGACUCCUUACAGGUGACGUCCAGCUGAGUCCCGAGUCCUCCUGCCUCAUCAUGACCACCGAGAUCCUCAGGUCCAUGCUGUACAACGGCUCCGAGGUCAUCAGGGACUUGGAGUGGGUGAUCUUCGACGAGGUCCACUACAUCAACGAUGCAGAGAGAGGAGUUGUGUGGGAGGAGGUGCUGAUCAUGCUCCCGGAUCACGUCAGCAUCAUCCUCCUCAGCGCCACCGUGCCGAACGCUCUGGAGUUCAGCGAGUGGAUCGGCCGCAUCAAGAAGAGACACAUUUACGUGAUCAGCACCAUGAAGAGACCCGUCCCUCUGGAGCAUCACCUGUACACCGGGAACAGCACCAAGACCCAGAAGGAGAUGUUCCUGCUGCUGGACGCCACCGGGAAUUUCCUCACCAAAGGGUAUUACGCAGCCGUCGAUGCCAAGAAGGAGCGAACCAGCAAACACGCCCAAACGUUUGGGACAAAGAACACCUCUCAGAACACGACGGCGAGUCAGGACCGGUCCGUGUGGCUGGCGCUCCUCCACUUCCUGUCCCAGCGGCAGCAGACCCCCGUGGUGGCCUUCACCUUCUCCCGGGCGCGGUGCGAUGAUAACGCUCGCUCGCUGGAGUCCAUGGACCUGACCACCUCCAUCGAGAAGGCGGAGAUCCACUCCUUCUUCCAGAAGAGCCUCAGCCGCCUGCGGGGGGGCGACCGCCAGCUGCCGCAGAUUCUGCUGAUGCGGGACCUCCUGAAGAGAGGCGUCGCCGUCCACCACAGCGGCAUCCUGCCCAUCCUGAAGGAGGUCAUCGAGAUGCUCUUCUCUCGCGGUCUGGUCAAGGUGCUUUUCGCCACCGAGACGUUCGCGAUGGGGGUGAACAUGCCGGCGAGGACGGUGGUGUUCGACAGCAUCAGGAAGCACGACGGCACCGGCUUCAGAAACCUGCUGCCAGGUGAAUACAUCCAGAUGGCUGGGAGAGCGGGACGACGAGGUCUGGACGCCACCGGCACCGUGAUCAUCUUGUGUAAGGCCGGCGUGCACGAGAUGUCUGAUCUGCACGCCAUGAUGAUGGGAAAGCCGACUCUUCUUCAGUCCCAGUUCAGACUGACCUACACCAUGAUCCUCAACCUGCUGCGGGUGGAGGCGCUCAGAGUGACGGACAUGAUGAAGAGGAGCUUUUCUGAGAGCCACAGGAACGCUCAGGAACACGAGAAGAGGAUCAGCCAGCUGAAGCAGACGUUGUCCUCCUUGCCUCCUCUGGACACGGACGGACAGCUGUCCGACUUGCUGCCGUACUAUCACACCGUGACGGAGCUGCGAGUCACCAACGAGUCCCUCCAGAAAGCCAUCGUGGAGUCGGUGAACGGCCUGAAGGCGCUGUCCGUGGGCCGGGUGCUGGUGGUCAACAACAAACAGCAUCUGAACGCGUUGGGGGUGAUCCUGCAGGUGUCCAGUGACGCCGUGAACCGCACGUUCACAACGUUGAUCAUCUGUGAGAAAGGCAACGAGGACGGAAAAGGAGAAGCCGGCGCCGCUCACCCACACCUGUUCAACACGGCUCUGUUCAUCCCUGAAGGGCCCUGCAGCCACACGGUGCAGAAGCUGAAGCUGCAGGACAUCUCGGCCAUCACUGUGAAAACCCUGAAAGUGAUUCCGGACCGGAUCAUAGAUAACUACAACAAGAGGCAACAGCCUCGCUUCAGGCACGAGCCUCCAGGCCAGGCCAUCUCCACGGCAACGCAGGAGCUGCUGCGACUGGCCGAGGCCAACCCCGGCGGCGUGGCGACCCUGGACCCCGUCAACGACCUGCAGCUGAAGAGCGUGGACGUGGUGGAGGGCUGCAUGAGGCUGCGCAUGCUGCAGGACAGCCUGAAGGGCUUCACCUGCGUCCACUCGCCCACCUUCUCAGAGCAGUUCGCUCGGGUUCAGGGGAGGAUGAGCGUCCAGGAGGAGCUGGACCGGCUCCUCUUCCUGGUGUCAGACCAGUCUCUGACUCUGCUGCCGGAAUACCACCAGAGGAUCAAGGUCCUCCAGUCCCUCCAGUACAUCGACGGCGGCGGCGCCGUGCAGCUGAAGGGCCGGGUGGCCUGCCAGAUCAGCAGCCACGAGCUGCUGCUGACGGAGCUCCUUUUUGAGAACGUCCUGAGCCCGCUGGCGCCCGAGGAGAGCGCCGCCCUGCUGUCCUGCCUGGUCUUCACCCAGAACACCCAGGUGGAGCCGCAUUUAACCAGCUCGCUGAAGGAGAGCAUCGAGCAGGUCCUGUCGGUGGCUCGGCGAAUCGGAGAGCUGCAGCGCCAAUGCGGGAUCCCGCAGACGGCCGAGGAGUUCGUGGGGCAGUUCAAGUUCGGCCUGACGGAGGUGGUGUACUGCUGGGCCAGAGGCAUGCCGUUUGCAGAGAUCGCCCUGCUGACGGACAUCCAGGAGGGCACGGUGGUCCGCUGCAUCCAGCGCCUGGACGAGGUCCUGAAGGAGGUGCGGCAGGCGGCGCGCAUCGUGGGGGACUCUGUGCUGGGGAGCAAAAUGGAGAAGGCCUCCCUGGCCAUCCGCCGGGACAUCGUCUUCACAGCCUCCCUGUACACCCACUGAGGGCUGGAGGAGGAUGCUGCUUCAGUCCUGGUGCAUGGGGGGUGGGGGGUGAUGGAGACCAAACAUGAAAUCAACUGUAAUUUAUUGUACAAUAAUAAACUUUUUAUUUAA